AAAGCGAUGCAAAACAUACCGAAGCCGUCAACUAUACAAUCGUUUGCAUAUCAUAUGAGAAAUCGUUACCAAAACUUCUCAUUCAACCAAAAGCUGAAGAAUUUGUACGACUUUUACGAAGACUUUAUUGGUGUGAAAGAAGUCCGCAAAACACAAGAAGCGGUUCUCAAAAGUGAAUCAGUGUUUGCGGAGUCCACUAAAGCGAGACGUGAUGUACAAAACGAUAUGAUCGGUCUUCAGGAACAGCUCAAACAGAUCCGACACAAAUUGGAUUCGACGCAAAGGAGUGAUGAAUCGUAUUUGUCUUUAAUCACAAAAGAGCACCAAUUAAUCAAAAACGAGAUCCAAAUGAUUGAUUCGCUCCGAAGACUGGAACAAACUGAGAGACACUUGUUUUCCGAGUUCUCUAACAAAUUAAGAGACGCUCACGAGGUUGAACGCCUUCGUCAGGAAAAGACGAAAUACCUGUCAAUGUUUGGGACAAUAGUGGGCGCGUGUCUCGGCAUUAUAGCCGCCAGUAUUAACCACGCAUUCAAACGAAGAGACUUCAAAGAAUUGGCGCAAAUGAUUGAACUGACGAAGAAUUAUAAGCUCGAAGUGACCAACACUUCAAUACCUGAUACGGUUAGGGAAGAGACGCCUGUUUUAGUUGAGAAAACAUCGAUCCAAACACAGACUGACAAUAGAAAUGAAGAUAAAAUCGUUGAAAUCAUUACAAACACUGAAUCUAAUUUAGAGUAUAAAAUGAAAGUGAAUAGUUUGACAACAGUUGUGGCCACUUAUGCACUCAUUGCCAUCACUUUACCCAUAAUUAUACGAUUUUUAGGCGAUUAAGUGUUUAAACAAUUUAUACAUAUUAUAGUAAAAUCAUUUUAUAUUUUAAUCUUUUGCUAAAAAUAUAGUAAAUAUUAAAACAAAUUCUAAAACAAAGACAAGAAUAAUA